ACAUCUCUAUCCUGCCCACCAUUGUCGGCAAUAUUCCUUUUAUGGUAUUAGGCCUAUGUUUUUACCAAGCAAGUCCUUAACCAUGUCCACAACGGGACGCUGGUCAGCGAGAAGGCCUCUGCUGGUAUCGGUGGGUCUUUCAGCCGCUAGUCCUGCAUACUCAACGUCUUUGCGACUAUCGUCGCCAUGGAGAUUUACGGCGCCAGCAAGACGCUUAAGUAGCCGUUCGCCCGCGGCAGUCGAUAAGAGCAUAAAAUCAGGAUCCUGGAGAGAAUUUCCAUCCUGUUCCUGCAGACCUCGGAGAUUGAACAAUCUUGACCCGCAGAAAAGACAUAGUUCCAACGUCGCCCCUGAGAUCCACGCUGCUCCGGCAGGCUCGUCCAGUCUUCCACCUCCGCGCCGACAUAUACUUGUGCGACUACUCGCUACCUUCGGCCUAUUCUGCGUCUUCGCCCCGAUAGGCUUCUAUCUCUCAGCAGGCCCGUUGGUGCAGACACUCAGAGAGAUGGAGAGCAUACCGACGGACUCGGAGACGCUCGAACUCGUGAAUCCACUCCCGGAGGACCCGGCCUUCCAAGUCAACGAGACGAUAAUGAACCAUCCAUUGACGAAGGAACUGCUUAGCAACGAGAAGUUCUCCGCUUCAAGACCACACUUGAAGAUACCGCCUUCUCUGAGAAGCCAAAAUUUCACGGCAGGCACGCUGCUGGGGCCCGAUUUGAUGCCGGUGCCUCCGCUCGUUUUUUCGACCCAGGACGGAACGGAGCUGGUGCAAAUUAUGUACGUGGGUUCUGCCCUGUGUGGUCAUCCGGGCCUCGUCCAUGGAGGCAUGCUGGCAACGCUCUUGGACGAAGGACUCGCCCGCUGCUGUUUCCCCGGCCUGCCGAAUAAGGUCGCGGUCACGGCAAGUCUGAAAGUGGACUACAGGACCCCGUGCCAGGCGGGACAGUACCUCGUCCUCAAAGCGGAGACGACUAAAUUCGAAGGCAGGAAGGCCUGGGUCAAGGGACGGAUCGAGACCCUCCCGGUGGACGGCAGUCCAGGAGUUCUGGUCACCGAAGCGGAAGCGCUGUUCAUAGAACCAAGGAAUGCCGCGAUUUUGGCGAGGCAGAGGAAAAUUAUUGGGGGGGAUGAACCAUGAUCGUGUCUCAGAACGACUUUCAAUUGCUCCAGUCAGCCAAAUACAUGUACAUAUGGCGUCCAUUAUACAAGGGGUGUAUAGACUCGUCAGCUGUAUCAUGUAGAAUCGGGCACAAGACAAUAGUAUUUUAAUCAAUUUUAAAUGAUUUUGCAUACGAACAA